AUGAUUUCGAAGCAUUCUUGCUUCAGGAAACUCCUAUACUAUUCACAAAAGGCAUCAGAAUGGAUUGAGGAAGAUACUUGCCCAGAUUACAUGUUGAAGGGUGAAGAAUGCUUGAAGAAGGAAGCGGACAGGGUGUACAAUUACCUGCAUUUAACCACUGAGACAAAAUUAACAGAGAAAGUGGAACAUGAGUUGUUGGCUGUACACGUAACAGAGCUACUUGAAAAGAAGGAUUCAGGAAUCAAGGCUUUGUUUAGAGAUGAAAAGGUGGAUGAUAUCUCUCGGAUAUUCAGGCUCUAUAGUAAAAUACCUGAAGGCCUGGAGCUUGUUGCUAAUGCACUCAAGCAGCAUGUUACUGUUGAGGGUACAACCCUUGUUCAACAGGUAGAAGAUGCUGCAAGUAAUCGGUCAUUUUCACAGGACUCAAAUGCUCCUGGUCGGAACGAACAGGUAGAUUGUUAUCGGAUCCUUAUACCGAAAUUAAUCGAGCUGCAAGAUAAGUAUAAGAUAUAUCUGAACAGCUGCUUUAAAAGUCAUGAUCUGUUCCAAAAGGCCUUAAAAGAGGCUUUUGAGGUAUUUUGCAACAAAACUGUUAAUGGCAACGUAAGUGCAGAGAAUUUGGCAUCUUUCGCUGAUCAUAUCCUCAGGAAGGGUGGGAUUGAGAAACUAGGCGAUGAGGCCAUUGAAGAAACACUUGAGAAGAUAGUUGAGCUGCUGGAUUCUAUCAUUGAGAAAGAUGUCUUUUCUGAAUUCUACAGGAAAAAACUUGCUCGGCGGUUGCUUUUUGACCGCAGUACUAACGAUCAUCAUGAAAGGAGUAUUCUGAGUAAGCUAAAGCAGCGGUGCGGUGCACUGUUCACCAUGAAGAUGGAGGGCAUGGUCACAGAUGUGGUACUAGCAAAGGAAAACCAGAUCAGCUUUCAUGAAUAUCUUAGGAACCCAGAUUUACAUCCUGGUGUUGAUUUUAUAGCUACCGUUCUUACCACAGGAUUCUGGCCGAGUUACAAAUCACUAGAUAUCAUUCUCCCUACUGAGAUGGUCAAGUGUAUGGAAGUUUUCAAAGGAUUUUAUGAAAAGAAAACUAAAAAAAGAAAGCUUACAUGGAUACACUCACUGGGAACUUGCCACAUCAAUGGCAAGUUCGAGCCGAAACAAAUAGAACUGAUUGUUUCAACUUAUCAGGCUGCUGUCCUCUUGCUUUUUAACGAGUCUAAUCGGCUAAGCUAUACAGAGAUGGUGUCUCAGUUGAACUUGACUCACGAGGACAUGGCCAGGCUACUGCAUUCACUGUCAUGUGCCAAAUAUAAGAUUCUAAAUAAAGACCCGACCUCAAAAAGCAUCUCCCAGAGUGACACCUUUGAGUUCAACUCCAAGUUUACCGACAAGUUGAGGAGGAUCAAGGUUCCUCUACCAACAGUGGAUGAUAGGAAGAAAGUUAUUGAAGAAGUUGAUAAAGACAGGCGUUAUGCUAUCGAUGCCGCGGUUGUGCGCGUAAUGAAGAGUAGGAAAGUUUUGUCCUACCAACAAUUAAUUUCCGAGACCGUCCAGCAGUUGAGUCACUCGUUCAAGCCUGAUAUUAAAGCCAUCAAGAAGCGGAUAGAAGAUCUUAUCAUACGAGACUAUAUGGAAAGAGACCCUGACCAGCCAAACAUGUUUAGGUACUUGGCCUAA